CAUUUUCUUUUCUUUCUCCUCUCCUUUCCUUUCCCUUUUCCUUUUCCUUUUCGUUACCCUGCAAUAGCCACCCGAGAAAACACCGCCAUAAAACGAAGUGCAAAAGCUCUCUCUUUGCCUCUCUCUCUAUCUAUCUUGAACCCUGACGCAGCAACUUCGACUUCGAGGGUCUGCUCUUUCUUCCUUACCCGCCAUGGAAGCCCUGAACUUGCUCAGGUUCUGGAGGCCUAUCAACGGCACUACCAUAGCCACCCAAAUGCCUAACCUUCUUGUGGAAUCUGACGACGGACUCCACAACGUCGUCGUGGAAGAAGAGGAAGAAGAAGAAGAAGAUUCUUUCUUUGAGUUGGAGCUCACUGUUCCUGAUCGCGACGUCCGCCAAUGCAGUACCAGCAACGGCAACAAAAAUGUCAAAGAUGGCGACUUCGUCCAAGUUGACUCCAACGGGGAAAAACAGAGCUCCCCAAAACCUACGCCCGCGAGGAGCAGCAGAAGCCAUCGUCUCUCUCGCCAGUCGUCGCUCUCGCUGCGGAAAAUCCUCCCGAUCGACCCGUGCUCCCGGCCUCAGUCUCCGAUCUCGCUGCUGAAGUCGGCUCCGAAGUUUCGGGUCUUCAUGUUCCGGAAGUCUAAGUCGGUGUCGGCUUCGUCGAACGGCGCAGAGAAGAGAGGAGACGACAGGGAGCUGAGAAGCAGAGGGGUCGGUCUGUUCACUUUGAAGUUCAAGGUGCGAGAAGUGCAGCGACCCGAUUUUGGGAGAUCGAACAGCUCGAGAAGUUCCGAGACGGGAUUCCCGAGUCGGAGCCCCGAGAGCUUCAUCGACUCGAGCUCGAAGCGGUUCUCCAAGGACGUGAUCCAGAAGUACUUGAAGCUCGUGAAGCCCCUGUACGUCAUGGUCUCCCGGAAGCCAACCGACGCCGCGAGGCUCUCCGGCGAGCUGUCGGCGACGUCGUCUCCAGCGAUGCCGCCGCUGGCUUCUUCCAAGAUGCACGCGCUGCUCAGGUCUCCGGCCGGAUUUCCGGCGGUUCCAAAGCGGCUGGGGAAGAGCAGGUCCUCGUCCGCGUCGGGCGGGGUCUCGUCGUCGCCGGCGAGGAGGGACGAUUCGCUGGUGCAGCAGCACGACGGGAUUGAGAGCGCGAUUCUGCAUUGCAAGAGAUCCUUCAACUCCUCCAGUGAUUGUUCUCCAUCAUCGCGAUUUGCUGGCGGUCCGCGGGAGAUGCCCGUUGAAUCGGGAAGAAGUUCGAGCGGGGAAGCCAACCACUGUAAAUUGUGACGAGAAUCAGCGUUCGGAGCUUUAAUUUUUCAAAGUAAAAAAAACAAGAGGGGUCUGUCUUGUGUAGUCAAACGUUACAGAAGCGUGCGUGUGAGUUUGUUUGUUUUUUUUUUUUUUUUGAAU